AUGAGGAAGUUGUUUGAAGGCGCUGCUGUUGCGGCGCUGCUGCUUGUCUUCCUGCACAUCUCUUUUGCUGCUCCCGUCUUAGCAGCAGAUGAAAACGAAGAAGCAGCAGCUGCUGCUGCUGCUUCUCCAGCAGCAGCAGCAGCAGCAGCAGCUCCAGCAGCAGCUGCAUAUCCACUGAAAGCACUGCUAGAAGCCGCCGCAGCGUCUUCUGCUGCAGGAGAAGCCGCUGCAGCAGCAGCACUUGCUUCCGCAGAAGCAGAUCAGGCAGCAGCUGAUGCUGCAGCAGAAGCAGAUGCAGCAGAAGCAGAUGCUGAUGCUGCAGCAGAAGCAGAUGCUGCAGCAGCAGAGGCUUCGCUGCAGCAGCUCAUGGAGGAAGUCUCAGGGCAGCAGUUCUUAAGUGCUUCUUCUGCUGCAGGGCAGCGGCCGCGGCGCCUAAUGGCUGCUGCGGGCGCCGGGCUGGUGAUGUUAGCUGGUGGGGCUCUUCUGCACGAGCACGCGGGUUCCAUUCAAAGGGCCUUUAAGACCAUGUCCAACAACUUCAAGUACAAGCCUUGGUCUUGGACUUGGUACUUGUGGAAGUUGCCGACAGUGGACGAGCGCGACUGGCCGGAGUUCCAGGCAGUGGCGGAUGGGCUGGAGGGUUUAUCAGGGGCCCCCUCUGGCGUAGCAGUGCCCCCCCUGGGGCCCCCCGGGGGCCCCCCCGGGGGCCCCCCCGGGGGCCCCCCCGGGGGCCCCCUCGGGGGCCCCGGGGGGCCCCCGAGCGGGGAGGGCCGGCGGGGCCGGCGGCGGACGUUCGUGACGAUAGUGGAGCAUCCUUCGGAGGAGUUGUCGGAGUUUUUGGAGUUGAGUUCGGAAGAAAGAAAAGAAGGAGUUGCAAUAAAAGGGCGGAGUUACCGGCCGGAGUUCGGGAAGGAACAGACUGCGUGGGAAGUGUACGCGAUGCAGCAGCACGUGCCGCAGCAGCAGCUGCUGCUGCUGCAGCUGCUGCGGGCCUUCCGCUCGCGGCGCAGCGCAAACGUCUACCUGGUGCUGCCGCGCGCCUGCUGCGACUUUUCGCAGUACUACCGCGACGCGCCGCGCAGCGUCGAAGUGCUGUGGGCCGCAGCAGAAAUGGCCGCUGCUGUUGCGCUGCUGCACCGCAGCGGCUUUCUCCACAGAGACUUGAAGCCUCCGAACUUCUUUGUAGGACUUGAUGGCCACAUUCGCCUCGCGGACUUCGAGAUGCUGUGGCCGCUGGGCCAGCCCUGCCCGCAGGAGGAGGCCACGCACACGCGGGGCUUCACGGCCCCCGAACUUCGCCGUUUUUCUUCUUUUGUGCCUUUUUCGGCUAAGUCCGACGUCUACGCGCUGGGCAUGGCCUUCGCCCGCAUGCUCGUGCGCGUCCGCAAGUACCAGCAAGUCCCGCGCGAGGCCGCGCUCGUCCGUCUUGUCCUCAAAAUGGUCAAUCCCGACAUUUCCAAAAGAGCUUCUCUCCAACAAGUCCUCAACGACGAGUACUUCCACGGCGUCGACUGGGCCCUCGUCGAGGCCGGCCAGGGGCCCCCCCCCUGCCCGCUCGCCAGGCAGGUCAUGGAGCGCUACUCCGCCGCCAGGUCCCGCCUCGCCCAGCAGCAGCAGCAGCAGCAGCAGCAGCAGCAGCAGCAGCAGGGGGACCCGCAGCAGCAGCGCGAGCAGGAGCUGCAGAAGAAACGCAGAAGCUUGAGACGCUCCAAAGUGCAAAAACCCAAACCCCAGCAACACGCAGAACUCGAAGAAGAACAAGUCCGAGUCCUCAGGGAACUGCAGCGCGAACAGGAAGAGCAGCAGCGGGACCAGCAGCAGCAGCAGCAGCAGCACGACAACCACGAGCAGCACGACCAGCCGGAGCAACAGGACGAACGGGAGCAGCACGGCCAACGGGACAAACAGGAGCAGCAGCAGGAAAGCCGUGAAGAGCCUGUGCAGCAAGAGCAGCAAGAGCAGCACGAGCAGCACCAGCAGCAAGAGCAGCACGAGCAGCAAGAGCUGCGCGAGCAGCAGGAACAGCAGGAGCCUCACGAGCUGCAGGAGCUGCGGGAGCCGCACGAGCAGCGAGAGCAGGAUGUGCAGCAGGAGCAGCACGAGCAGCACGAGCAGCAGGAGCAGCACGAGCAGCAGGAGCAGCAGGAGCAAAUGCACGAGCAGGCAGAAGAGCAGGAGCACCAAGAGCAGCAGGAAGCAGAUUACGAACAGGAAGUGGAGCAAGAGGAGGAGGAGAAGCUGGAGCAGGAAGAGAAGCUGGAGCAGCAGCAGCAGGACACAACUGUGGCAGCCUCACAAGAAUAG